UUUCCAUUAUCCAUUCUUAAAAAAAAAACAUAAUUACCUUUUAAUGAACAAAUCAAAAAGAAAAUUAUUAAAUUAGAAAAGUAUAAAUAAAAAAAGAAGAAAAGAAAAAAAACAAAAACAAAAUAAUGGUUUUUGAAUCGGACGCUAUAGCAUUUUACGCUUUUCACGUAACGUCACUGCCAUUAUCCCUAUUACUAUUUGUAAUUUAUAAAAAUCAUAAAUAUCAUUCAACAAUUGCUUAUUUUGCGUUGACUCUCAUCUUUUCUUCAAUAAAUUCGUGUUUUUUGGCAUUUGCAAAAAAUGGUGACAUUAAAAAUUCAGCAAAUACAUUGGCAUGUGAUAUUCAAGCCUUCUUUAUAUCAUAUUUAAAUUCAUCGGCGGCCAUAUGGCCUGUUUGCAUUCAAUCUAAUAUGACAUUAAUUCUCUUAAAAAGACGAAAACAACAAAGUGGAUGGGCAGGAAGACAAAUAUUGUUGAGUUUUAUGGCUUUGGCUUGGGGUUUACCUAUGUUUUUUACGAUUGCUUCUUUCGUGUUGGCAGUUAGUGAAGAAGGACUGAAACCAUGGUCAUAUUAUUGUAUGUUAUCUGAACCUGCAAUUGGACCGAAUCUAUUUUGUGUCGUUGUGCGCUAUUAUAGUUACGAUAAUAAUUUCAGCGUGGAAUGUUAAACUUGUUUGUAAUGAAACUGAAAAUAUUGAAUUAUCUAAAAGAAUUAUUACUUUUGGAAUCAUUGCAACAUUACCUGUUUGUCUUGCCACAAUCGCACGAUCAUUUAAUGUGAUAAUUUAUAAAAUCGUUGAUGCUAAUGGAACAUGGCCCGAUUUUUUA